UCUGGGGAGGAGGAGCAGGAGAGGCCCACAGCCUUCAUUUGGAGUCGGUCCUGGCUGUUGCUCAGGUGACCAGCUUGUGUCUCUGGGAGGGCGCUGCUUUCCCCGGCCACCCGGUGCGAUGAUCCAGAAUGUCGGAAAUCACCUGCGACGGCUCUCUUUGGAAGGAGAAAUCGCAGAGCCCCUGGGCUGGUUUAUUAUUGGCAGCAAUCUCCAAGCAAGCCCCAGGGGCUGUCAGAUCCCCCACGGGGUGGCUGUGUUGAGUGGAAUCACCUUCAGCAAGUGUUGGCCUCUGGAAUUCUAUUCGGGCUUGGCCUCUGUGUUCUCCAGCCGUACAUCCCGGAAGUCAGCCUUACGUGCAGGGAACGACAGUGCCAUGGCAGACAGCGAGGGAUACCGGAACCCCACGGAGGUGCAGAUGAGCCAGCUGGUGCUGCCCUGCCAUACCAACCAACGCGGCGAGCUGAGCGUCGGGCAGCUGCUCAAGUGGAUUGACACCACGGCCUGCCUAUCUGCGGAGAGGCACGCUGGCUGCCCCUGUGUCACAGCUUCCAUGGAUGACGUCUAUUUUGAGCACACCAUUAGUGUUGGACAAGUGGUGAAUAUCAAGGCCAAGGUGAACCGGGCCUUCAACUCCAGCAUGGAGGUGGGCAUCCAGGUGACCUCGGAGGACCUGUGCUCUGAGAAGCAGUGGAAUGUGUGCAAGGCCUUGGCCACCUUCGUGGCCCGCCGAGAGAUCACCAAGGUGAAGCUGAAGCAGAUCACGCCGCGGACAGAGGAGGAGAAGAUGGAGCACAGUGUGGCGGCUGAGCGCCGGCGCAUGCGCCUUGUCUAUGCGGACACCAUCAAGGACCUCCUGGCCAACUGCGCCAUUCAGGACGAUCUGGAGAGCAGAGACUGUAGCCGCAUGGUGCCGGCUGAGAAGACCCGUGUGGAGAGUGUGGAGCUGGUCCUGCCUCCCCACGCCAAUCACCAGGGCAACACCUUCGGGGGCCAGAUCAUGGCCUGGAUGGAGAAUGUGGCCACCAUUGCAGCCAGCCGGCUCUGCCGUGCCCACCCUACGCUGAAGGCCAUUGAGAUGUUCCACUUCCGAGGCCCAUCCCAGGUCGGCGACCGUCUGGUGCUCAAAGCCAUCGUGAACAAUGCCUUCAAACAUAGCAUGGAGGUGGGCGUGUGCGUGGAGGCCUAUCGCCAGGAGGCUGAGACCCACCGGCGCCACAUCAACAGUGCCUUUAUGACCUUUGUGGUCCUGGACGCAGAUGACCAGCCCCAGUUGCUGCCCUGGAUUCGGCCCCAGCCCGGGGAUGGUGAGCGGCGGUACCGAGAGGCCAGUGCCAGAAAGAAGAUCCGCCUGGACAGGAAGUACAUCGUGUCCUGUAAGCAGACAGAGGUGCCCCUCUCCGUCCCCUGGGACCCUAGCAACCAGGUGUACCUGAGCUACAAUAACGUCUCCUCCCUGAAGAUGCUUGUGGCCAAGGACAACUGGGUGCUGUCCUCGGAGAUCAGUCAGGUCCGCCUGUACACUCUGGAGGAUGACAAGUUCCUCUCCUUCCACAUGGAGAUGGUGGUGCAUGUGGAUGCAGCCCAGGCCUUCCUGCUGCUCUCGGACCUGCGUCAGAGGCCACAGUGGGACAAGCACUACCGAAGCGUGGAGCUAGUGCAGCAGGUAGACGAGGAUGACGCCAUCUACCACGUCACCAGCCCUGCCCUCGGAGGUCACACAAAGCCCCAGGACUUCGUGAUCCUGGCCUCGAGGCGGAAGCCUUGUGACAAUGGGGACCCCUAUGUCAUCGCGCUGAGGUCGGUCACGCUGCCCACACACCGAGAGACGCCAGAGUACAGACGUGGAGAGACCCUCUGCUCAGGCUUCUGCCUCUGGCGCGAGGGGGACCAGCUGACCAAGGUGUCCUACUACAACCAGGCCACCCCAGGUGUUCUCAACUAUGUGACCACCAACGUGGCCGGCCUCUCCUCUGAGUUCUACACCACCUUCAAGGCUUGCGAGCAGUUUCUCUUGGACAACCGGAAUGAUCUGGCCCCCAGCCUCCAGACCCUGUAGAUGCCCUCAGUGGCCACAUCAUGCCCACUCCCACUCCGUCCUGUCCCCAAGGACUCGCAUACAGUGCCUGGAGAAAGCCAAGACCUUUAUUUCUUUCUGCCUCCCCGUGGGAAGCCUCUGCCCUGAGGUCCGCUGGCCCACCACCCCUGGGUGCUCAGUUUCUGCCAACAUCGGCCAGCAAGUCCUUGCGGUACCCCUGGGGCAGCCUGUAGUAGACUCGGGUGCUGUCCACAGCCCUAGCUGCCAGCAGUGCUGUCCUCACAGAGGCAUAGUCGCCCCCAGCUGGGUCGUACUCCACUGUGACGGUGGCCCGGGGGGAGGAUGCCAGCAGCCUGGCUAUGGCUCCAGCUGUGCUGUGGCCCAGCAGCAUGGCCUGCAUCUGGAAGGACACAGGUUGCCAGAGCCCCUGGCACAGCUCUAGCAUAUCUGUGAGCAGCUGUUCCCUGUAGCCACUGCCCAGCACCUCCUCAGGCCAGCCUGGUGCCACAGUCACGUGGGGGAAGACCUCAGCCACAGCUGUAAGCAGCUCUCUGCCAGCCACAUGGCCAGGGACCGAAAAACUCCCGUGGGAGAUUUUGGCCCCAACCCACACAGGCCAAUGCAAGAGGCCAAGGCUGGAGAGGCGUGCCAGCAAGGCCAGGGAUGGCCGGAGGGCUGCGGGCUCUGCUAUUUGCAAAUGGAUGCCCCAGUGUCCGGGAUGUGUGGCCAGCUGCUGCAGGCAGGACUCCAGCGUCAGGGUGCUGCCACUUGGAGUAUGAACAAUGGGCACGGGGUUUUCAGACACAGUUCCCUCGAGGCCAGUGUUCAGCAGGAUCAUGCCUUCUGUGUCUGGAAGAGGCGGCAGAGGCAACAGUGUUUAGGAUUUGGGUUAUCAUAAGGUGUUAAGAGUCCCUUGUUAAAGGGGCAGUGGGAGUUAUGGGGUCAUCAGGGACCCUGCCUCUCUGGAAUCUGUCAACCCAGUUUUGGGCUCCAGGUGGAUGGGUUGCUUUAUAAAUGUGCCUGGUGCAUGAGAAA